GGCUCAGGCCUCAGUAGCGGGCAUCCCAAUCCCCAAUCCCACUAUCCAUCCCACUUUGACCCCUCCAAAGCCAACUACGAAUCCCCCCCCCGUACGCGUAGCAUAUCGUCAAACUGCCCCGAAGAACGGACUGACUACAGCUUGCCUGCUUCUUUAUAUAUAACAUAUAACCCUUCUUUCUUUGUUCUAUUUUUACUUUUGAUAGCAGCAUUUCGAGGGCCCUCCCCUGGCAAGCAUCACAAUGGCCUCCAUCCCCACCUACAAAGCCAACUUCCUGCACGCAGCCCUCGAGGGCCGCUGUCUGCGCCUGGGCUCCUUCCAGCUCAAGUCUGGUCGCACCUCGCCCUACUUCUUCAACGCCGGCGACUUCUACCGCGCCGACCUUCUCUCCGCCCUCGCCCUCGCCUACGCCAACACCAUCCACGAUUCCUUCUCCUCUUCCUCCACAUCAGGGGACCUCCCCUUCGACGUCAUCUUCGGCCCCGCCUACAAGGGAAUCCCCCUGGCCACCGCUGCCACCUUCGCCCUGGCCCAGCUCGACGACCGCUACAAGAAGCUCGAGUACUCCUUCGACCGCAAGGAGGCAAAGGACCACGGCGAGGGCGGCUCCAUCGUCGGUGCCCCCCUCAAAGGCCGCCGCGUGCUGAUCAUUGACGACGUCGUCUCCGCUGGCACCGCCAAGCGCGAGGCCGUCGCCAAGAUCCAGGCCGAGGGCGGCGAGGUUGUCGGCAUCGUCGUCGCCCUCGACAGACAAGAGACCCUGCCCGACAGCACCGGUAGCGCCAUCGGCUUGUUGAGGAAGGAGUUCGGGAUCCCCAUCGUCGCCGUGCUAAAGCUGGACGACAUCGUCAAGGGGCUCAAGGAGAGCCAUGUUGCGACCGAGGAUGAUUUGAGGAGGAUAGAGGAAUACAGGGCCAAGUAUGGAGCCAGUGAUUAGAUACGCCCAUUGCGAAUGUCUGACCGGCCUUACGCUAUGAAAAGGUAGAAACAAGAAGAAAAAGCAGGAAGAAAGAAUACUAAAAUAUUAAAAAGAAAAUUUAAAUAAAAAAUUUGGA